GAUCGCUCAGCUCUCGCUCCCCGUGCGGCUCCCGAGGCGGCUGGAGUCGCGGACGCUCCCCGGAGCCGUCUCAGGUCGCUGGGGGCGGUGGGCUGCACGGGGACGGCGAGGGAGAGCGGACUUCGACAGCCGCCCGAGUAAUUGACCCAGAACUCGUUUUCAGGAAAAGAACUUCCUUCAAAAUGGUAAAAUGAUGAAAUGAGGAAUUUGAACAUUUUGUCGUUGGAUGGAAAUCUGAGGAUGAAAAGUGCGAUCACUCCAAGCCAUGUGGUAAAAUCAGGAAUUUGAAGAAAAUGGAAAUGUUUCCAUUUUUGUUGACAUGCAUUUUCCUACCCCUCAUAAGAGGACACAGUCUUUUCACCUGCGAACCAAUUACUGUUCCCAGAUGUAUGAAAAUGGCCUACAACAUGACAUUUUUUCCUAAUCUCAUGGGUCAUUAUGACCAGAGUACUGCUGCUGUGGAAAUGGAGCUUUUUCUUCCUCUUGCAAAUCUGGAAUGUUCGCCAAAUGUUGAAACUUUCCUUUGCAAAGCUUUUGUACCAACCUGCACAGAGCAAAUUCAUGUGGUUCCACCAUGUCGUAAAUUUUGUGAGAAAGUAUAUUCUGAUUGCAAAAAAUUAAUUGACACUUUUGGGAUCCAAUGGCCUGAGGAACUUGAAUGUGACAGAUUACCAUACUGUGAUGAAACUGUUCCUGUAACUUUUGAUCCACACUCAGAAUUUCUUAAUCCUCAGAAGAAAACAGAACAAGUCCAAAGAGACAUUGGAUUUUGGUGUCCAAGGCAUCUUAAGACUUCUGGAGGACAAGGAUAUAAGUUUCUGGGAAUUGACCAGUGUGCACCUCCAUGCCCCAACAUGUAUUUUAAAAGUGACGAGCUAGAGUUUGCAAAAAGUUUUAUUGGCAUAGUUUCAAUAUUUUGCCUUUGUGCAACUCUGUUCACAUUCCUUACUUUUUUAAUUGAUGUUAAAAGAUUCAGAUACCCAGAAAGACCAAUUAUAUAUUACUCUGUCUGUUACAGCAUUGUAUCUCUUAUGUAUUUUAUUGGAUUCUUGCUAGGCAAUAGCACAGCCUGCAAUAAGGCAGAUGAGAAGCUAGAACUUGGUGACACAGUUGUUCUAGGCUCUCAAAAUAAGGCUUGCACUGUUUUGUUUAUGUUUUUGUAUUUUUUCACAAUGGCUGGCACUGUGUGGUGGGUGAUUCUUACCAUUACCUGGUUCUUAGCUGCAGGAAGAAAAUGGAGUUGUGAAGCCAUUGAACAAAAAGCAGUUUGGUUUCAUGCUGUUGCGUGGGGAAUACCAGGUUUUCUGACUGUUAUGCUUCUUGCUAUGAACAAAGUGGAAGGAGACAACAUUAGUGGAGUUUGCUUUGUCGGCCUUUAUGACCUGGAUGCUUCUCGCUACUUUGUCCUCUUGCCACUGUGCCUUUGUGUGUUUGUCGGGCUGUCUCUUCUUUUAGCUGGCAUUAUUUCCUUAAAUCAUGUUCGACAAGUCAUACAACAUGAUGGCCGGAACCAAGAGAAACUGAAGAAAUUUAUGAUUCGAAUUGGAGUCUUUAGUGGCCUAUACCUUGUGCCAUUAGUGACACUUCUUGGAUGCUAUGUCUAUGAGCAAGUGAACAGGAUUACCUGGGAGAUAACUUGGGUCUCUGACCAUUGUCGUCAGUACCAUAUCCCAUGUCCUUAUCAGGCAAAAACAGAAACUCGACCAGAAUUGGCUUUAUUUAUGAUAAAAUAUCUGAUGACGUUAAUUGUUGGCAUCUCUGCUGUCUUCUGGGUUGGAAGCAAAAAGACGUGCACAGAAUGGGCUGGGUUUUUUAAACGAAAUCGCAAGAAAGAUCCAAUCAGUGAAAGUCGAAGAGUUCUACAGGAGUCAUGUGAGUUCUUCUUAAAGCACAAUUCUAAAGUUAAACACAAAAAGAAGCACUACAAACCAAGUUCACAUAAGCUGAAGGUCAUUUCCAAAUCCAUGGGAACCAGUACAGGAGCUACAGCAAAUCAUGGCACCUCCGCGGUAGCAAUCACUAACCAUGAUUUCUUAGGACAAGACACUUUGACAGAAAUCCAAACCUCACCAGAAAUGUCAGUGAGAGAGGUGAGAGCAGAUGGAGCGAGCACCCCCAAAUCAAGAGAACAGGACUGUGGGGAACCGGCCUCCCCAGCAGCAUCCACCUCCAAACUCUGUGGGGAGCAGGCUGACAGGAAAGGCCGGGCAGGGCUCGCGAACGAUAAGAGCAGUGUGUCUGAGAGCGCUCGGAGUGAAGGAAGGCUAACUCCGAAAAGUGAUGUUACCGAGACUGGCCCGGUGCAGAGCAGCAACCUGCAGGUCCCCAGUUCUCCAGAGCGAAGCAGCCUGAAAGGCUCCACAUCACUGCUCGUUCACUCUGCUUCAGGAGUUAGAAAAGAACAGGGUGCUGGCAGUCACUCGGACGCUUGAAAACCAGGUUAUCCCGUUUCUUUGAAGUGGCUUUGCGUUACACUGGAGUUACAAUACACUGUCCUGUAAGAAUCACUGUUAUAUUCUUCUUUUGCACUUAGAGCUACGUUGCCUGCUGUUACACUGGAAAAAACAAUAUAUACCUGAAAACCACAAAUGUGCAGGUUAAUAAUAUUUUUUAAGUUGUGUAGGAGGAGGGAGUUAGAGGAAUCUUCCUUUUCUAUUUAUGAAGAUUCUAGAUUCUACUCUUGUUAAAAGUAUUUUAAGAUGUACUAUGGUAUUUCACUUUUAUGAUAUAAAAUCAAGAUUUUUCUUUGCUAAAGUAUUUAAAGCUUAUCCUUUUAUCCUUUUUAUAUAUUUGAAAAUAAGUUUAUAUGUAUUUGAACUUUUUUAAGAAAUACUGGAAAAUCUAUUCAAAUAUUUUUAUUAUGUUAUUCUGAUAUUUUAGCACUACUUUGGUA